CGGGCCGCACCUCCUUCCUCUCCGCCGUCUCUCUCCCCGCCCCUGAGGAGCUGCGCCGCUUCCUUCUGAGCCGGGGAAUGUUGGACGUGGCGGGGCCGGUCCAAGUCCGGAGUGCCUCACACACAAGUUCCCCCGGGCGGACCUUCCGUGCUGCACUCCAGCCAGGGAGCGCCGACCCGUCUUUCCAGCUCAGAGAGAGUAGGGAGGAUGGCUUCGGAGAUGGAGUCGUCGCUGGAGGUCAGCUUCUCGUCCAGCUGUGCGGUGUCAGGGGCGUCCGGGUGUCUGCCUCCCGCCCGCUCCCGCAUCUUCAAGAUCAUCGUGAUCGGCGACUCGAACGUGGGCAAGACAUGCCUGACUUACCGCUUCUGCGCCGGCCGCUUCCCCGACCGCACCGAGGCCACGAUCGGGGUGGACUUCCGAGAGCGAGCGGUGGAGAUCGAUGGUGAGCGCAUCAAGAUCCAGUUGUGGGACACUGCAGGACAAGAGAGGUUCAGGAAGAGCAUGGUUCAGCACUACUAUAGGAACGUGCACGCUGUCGUCUUUGUGUACGACAUGACCAACAUGGCCAGCUUCCACAGCCUGCCAUCUUGGAUAGAGGAAUGCAAACAACACUUGCUGGCAAAUGACAUACCUCGCAUUCUGGUUGGAAAUAAAUGUGACUUGAGAAGCGCCAUUCAGGUGCCCACAGACUUGGCACAAAAGUUUGCUGACACGCACAGUAUGCCUUUGUUUGAGACCUCUGCUAAAAAUCCCAAUGAUAAUGACCACGUAGAAGCUAUAUUUAUGACAUUGGCUCAUAAGCUGAAGAGCCACAAGCCACUGAUGCUCAGCCAACCGCCUGAUAACAGAAUUAGCCUGAAACCUGAAACAAAGCCUGCAGUGACAUGCUGGUGCUAAGUCACAGGUAUGGCCGUUACAGGUCUGACUAAAUCUGAAGGGACACCGCUAGUAAGUGUAAUUAAGUUUAUAAGAUUAAUCUUAAACAUAAUGGAUCAUCCCACUGUUACUGUUGUUGCGCUGCCUUUUGUAUGUUGCAUUCUCUUAAUAAGUUUGUCACUGUGACGACACAAAGAAAAGGCCAGUUUACAGUUGGGAUGGAAAAUGAAGCAAAGAUAGGAUGACCCAGGCCAUCUUUCCAGUGCCAACCGGUUGAAGGCGGCCUCCAGUGAGCAUGAAGGGACUUGAAGGCUCAGUCUUGGUUCCACUCCAUGUCCCUGCGCUGUGAAAGAAAUACGUGUAGGGUACACUUACUGAGCAGAGCUAAAGGCAAAUGGCGAGUUAAUAUGGUGCUUUUCAUUUACAGUGGCAUCUAAGCACUAAAAAAACUAAUCAAAAGAACCCAAACACUUGGAGUUUAUUUUAUCCAUGACUUUUAAUUGAAAUGUCAGAGGUGGUUCCUGGUGUCCCUUGUCCUCUGCUUCUAAUAAGUUGGGAGACUCAGGACUGAUUCUCUCAGCAUCCAUUUGGCUGAGAGCUCUGAGGGCGUGCCUCAAGUCACUGAGUCUACAUGUGCUCCUGUAGUAGUAAAAUUAUUUUAUCUGUUCCUCACUGGUGAAAGAAAUAGUUAAAAAAAAAUUUUUUUUUACCCUAAAUACUUUUAGUUUGAAUUUAAGACUUUGCACAAAGAAAGUAACACGUUUGCAGUAUGAAGCUGUUUGCAGAAUGGAGUAUAAAUUGUGUUUGGCCUAAGUUUGCACAUCCUCAUUCUGACAGCUUUCAACCCUGGGCAAUUUUAGAGGAAAUUAAGCCAAAAUAGAUUUUACUUAAAUAUUUUCAGAAUGUGGGAAACAAAGACACUCAGACUUAGUUUCAGAUUUUUUUUUCUUUUCUUUUUGUUUUUGUUUUUGUUUUUUUUUUUUUUUUUGAGAGGGUUUCUCUGUAUUGUUUUCGAGUGUGUCCUGGCACUCACUCUGUAGACCAGCUGGCCUCGAACUCACAGAGAUCCACCUGCCUCUGCCUCCCGAGUGCUGGGAUUAAAAGCGUGCACUACCAAUGCCUGGCUUAGUUUCAGAUUUUUGUUUCAUUAUUCUAAAGGUCCCAAUUGGAAACUUCAGUUACAAAAGUAAGUUUAUUUUACUUAACUAAGUGAAAGUAAAAUACUUUAAAAAAAAAUGUUUAUACAUUUUUAAAUAUUAGGGCCCAGGUUGGUUUUAUUUGCACUUAGAGAGAUUUUUCUUUUUCAUUUUUUAAAUAUGGGGUCUUACUUUGCAGGCCUGACCGGCCUGGGACCAGAGUAGCCUCAGACCACUUGCCUCAUCCUCCAACUGCUGCGGAUUAAAGGCUUGUGACACCAGAACUAGCCUAUUACAUUUUUCUUAAUCAUGCUAGAAUUAAAGAUUAAAAAUUUUCUUACCUAAAUUAAUGCUGACUUGCGAACUCUUUUUCUAGUGAAACAUGGCUGUAGUAGCAGGUGGCUCCAGAUGUUUUUACAGAAGGGAGGCUGUUCACUCUCUCUCACACUCUGUACAGCGAAGGAAAGAAUAGGUAGGGUUUCCCAGCACAUCUGUGGUUUCCUUCUGUACUGCCCUCACAUUUUAUUUUUAAAGUGACAGACUGUUUCCUUUUUCAAGGAGUUAAUAAGCAUUCUUUUCAAUUCUGUGAAAAGCAUCAUUUCUUCCCUUUAGUAUUUAUUAAUUAAAACAUUUGUAUCUCAUUUGUAACAAUCUACUACUUUAGUAGUUUCUUCUUUUAAAAAGAUACUUAUCAAGAGAGGGCCUUUGGAUGUAUUUUAAAGUGUUUGUGAAGCACUUGAUGGACUGUUGACAUCGCUUCCAAAAUGAUGGUGAGCUGACAUGUAGUUAUUAAUUUUUUUAAGCACAAAUCACACAUUUUGUAUCUCUGUGAAUUUAUUUUAACUGACAUUUAAUUGGAAGUAUUGGAUGUUUUAGAAGAAUCUUACUUUGAGAACCCAAAGCAAACUACUUUAGAACCUGUUGUGGUUGACCACAGACUGCUUGGUUGUAUUGCUCUUUCAUGUUUCUUCAAUGAGUAGUUUUGCUAUACGAAAGUGUCACUCUUACGUUUCUCCUAUGAAGUACAAUAAACCAUCUUUGCCAUGAAGAAA